AUGAUUGUUUGCACUUGGAAUGUUAGGGGUCUGAAUGAUCCUAAUAAAGUGGUGGAGGUUAGGAGAUUGCUGGAAACCAAUAAGAUCAGUGUUAUUGCUCUGUUAGAAACUAGAGUGAAGGAAAAUAAAGCUAGCAAGAUUCAGAAUAAGCUAGGUAGUUGCUGGAAGUGGGAAAUGAACUAUUCCUAUUCUCCUAAGGGUAGAAUCUGGAUUGGGUGGAGGCAUAGUGAUGUUACCUUUACUAUGGGCUUAAAAACUGACCAAGUUAUUCAUGGUGAUUUAGCUGCAAAGGAUGGGAAUUUUACUGCUCAGUUCACUGCUGUGUAUGGCUUGCAUACAAUUGAUCAUAGGAGACCUCUUUGGACCACCUUGACUCAAAUUGGACCAAGGGUGAUAUACCCUUGGUUUUUCAUGGGUGACUUCAAUUCAGUGCUGCAUGCAGGUGAUAGAAUCCAUGGUAGCCAAGUUUCUGAUACAGAAACAAGAGAUUUUGAUUCUUGUAUUGAUGCAACAGGGCUGAUAGAGCUCAAGAGUUGUGGAAAUUUCUUCUCCUGGAACAAUAAAGGGCAAGGUGAUUUGAGAAUUCAUUCCAGAAUUGAUUGGGCCUUUGGGUGUGGAAACUGGCAUACUAGUUAUCCAGAAGUAUGUGUAGACUAUCUGAACCCAGGUUUAUCAGAUCACUCCCCUCUUCUGCUGGAUUGUAAAGUGGUGAGACAGAGGGGAAGUAGACCAUUUAAGUUCUUCAAUUACAUGGCUGAGCACCCUAAGUUCCAUCAGAUUGUGCAAGAAGGGUGGGGAUCUGUUGUAAAUGGAACUCCUAUGUUUCAAGUGUGGCACAAAUUGAAAGUCAUCAAGCAGGGUCUGAAAACUUUGCAUAGGAAAGAAUUUGCUAGGCUGGAGGAGAGAAUUGAUGGUAUUAGGAGGGAGCUGGAUGACACUCAAUCUCAGUUAGCUGCUUCUCCUAGUGAUAUUGACCUUCAACUGACUGAAAAAGAGUGCACUGGUAAGCUUAAAAAGUUUCUGAGUAUUCAUGAAGGAGCUCUCAAACAAAAAUCAAGAAUCCAGUGGUUGAAAACUGGUGAUUCAAAUACAAAGUUCUUCUUCACAGCAGUAAAGGAGAGAUAUGCCAGGAACAGUAUUGAUGUUAUUUAUGAUGCUAAUGGGAGGAAGCUUACCACUGCUGCAGAGAUUAAAGAUGAGAUCAAAGCUUUCUAUCAUGGUCUUAUUGGUUCUGCUGCAGACACUUUGGAGGGUAUUGAUGUUACAGUUGUGAGACAAGGUAAACAACUUUCUGCAGCUUCACCUCAAUUCAGGCCUAUAGCAUGUUGCUCCAUUGUUUACAAGUUGAUUUCAAAAAUCUUAACUCACAGAAUGCAGUCAAUAAUUGGUGAAGUGGUGAAUGAUUCUCAGGCUGGCUUCAUUCCUGGUAGGAAUAUUGCUGAUAAUAUCCUACUGGCUUCUGAGCUGGUGAAAUGUUAUUCAAGGAAAUACAUCUCCCCUAGGUGUAUGAUAAAAGUUGACCUCAAGAAGGCUUAUGACUCUUUGGAAUGGCCCUUCCUGAAGUCAAUGAUGCAUGAAUUAGGAUUCCCUGACAUGUUUAUUAGGUGGGUGAUGGAAUGUUUGGGAACUAUCUCCUACUCUAUUCUUGUCAAUGGAUUUCCUACCCUUCCUAUUCCUGCAAAAAAGGGAUUGAGGCAAGGGGAUCCAAUGUCACCCUAUCUCUUUGCUCUGGGUAUGGAGUAUUUGUCAAGAUGUUUGGCUGCCAUGAGUUCACAAAAGGAAUUUAACUAUCAUCCAAGAUGUAAGAAAUUGAAGAUUACCCACAUGAUGUUUGCUGAUGACCUUCUCAUGUUUGCCAGGGCAGAUUUGCCUUCUAUUAUUACUCUUUUUGGAGCUUUUACCAAGUUCUCAAAGGCUUCUGGUCUCAGUGCUAAUCUCCAUAAGAGUGAAGUCUAUACAGCUGGUGUUUCUGAUGUUGCUUCUAACCAGAUUGCUACCACAAUUGGCAUUCAGAAAGGUGUUUUCCCCUUUAAAUAUUUAGGGGUACCCUUGACAACUAGGAAGUUGAGCUUCUCUGAUUGUAAACCUCUUAUUGAAAGAACAACUGCUAGAAUUAAGAGUUGGUCUGCAAGAUUCUUGUCCUAUGCAGGCAGAUUACAGCUGGUCAAGUCAGUUCUGUUUGGAAUGCAGCUCUACUGGUGUCAAAUUUUUGUAAUGCCCAAGAAAGUUAUGAAGACAAUCCAAAGCAUUUGCAGGUGCUUUCUGUGGACAGGGUCAGAUAUUGGCUCAAAAAAGGCCCCAGUUUCUUGGGAUCACUUGUGCCUUCCCAAGAGUUGUGGUGGGUGGAAUCUAAAGGACUUAACAAUAUGGAAUAAAGCUGCUGUUCUCAAACACUGCUGGGCUUUAUCUAUGAAACAAGACAGACUGUGGGUGAAAUGGAUCCACACUUACUAUGUGAAGCAGAUGGAUUUUUGGACCAUGCCCAUCCCAUCUGGGCUAACUUGGUCAUUAAGGAAGAUCUGGCAGUAUAGAGAUGUUCUAAUGCAAGCAGGAGGAGUGACUCAAUUUGUCCAUAAUGACAAGUUCAAAAUCAGUAAAAUGUAUAAGCAUCUUCAGAGUGGAGCCAGUCAUGUGCAUUGGAAAAGAAUCACUUGUAACAGCAAGGCUAGUCCUAAAGGGACCUUCAUUACUUGGUUGGCUUUACAAAACAGGCUUCCUACCAAAGACAGAUUGAUCAGCUGGGACAUAGACAUUAGUGGUGAAUGUGAAUUUUGUCUGGUACAUGAAGAGAAACUGACACAUUUGUUCUUUGAGUGUCAAUAUUCAAAGGAGAUUUGGAGUAGAGUUCUUACUCAAAUGGGGAUGCAGAGAACAAUUCAGACCUGGGAUGAUGAGGUUAGAUGGGCAGCUGUACAGAGCAGGAGCACCAAAGAAAGAGCCAAACUGUGUAGUAUUUCCUUCAUUGAGACAGUCUAUGCUGUGUGGAUUCAGAGGAAUUCUAGUGUGUUUAAUGAUCACUAUGAUCCUAUAGAGUCAGUUGUAAGUAGAAUUCUGUUUUGUGUGGCUUGUAGAGUUUAG